AUGGAUCGCAUCAUCGGACUUAUCGACAUGGAUUGCUUUUAUGUUCAAGUGGAGCAACAUCUCACCGAUUUUGUUGACAAGAAGAUUCUGGAAGAAGGAGCAGGACAACUUUUGCAAAAUAUCUCGAGCAAUGUCUCAGUUACUCUACCUACUACUCAUUUGGCAGAUGGAAACGAUAAAGGCGGUGAGGAUGUCUAUAACCGUGAAGCAAACCUCAAAAGUUGGCUUGAUAUGCGAUGCGCAAAGGAUAUUAGUCAUUUACGACUUGCCAUAGCCGCAGAAGCAAUAGAACAAAUACGUGCAAGGAUAAAGGAGUCGACACAGUUUUUCUGUUCCGGUGGAAUUGCAAACAAUAAGAUGCUUGCCAAACUAGUUUGCGCUCGACAUAAGCCUCGUCAACAAACUGUGAUUCCAUUCGAUUUCGUUCCAAUUCUCUUCGAAGAAACUCCCAUUGGAGAUGUUCGAAUGUUGGGAGGAAAGCUUGGCAAUUCUAUACAGCAAAAGCUGGGUGUGGGGACUAUGGCCGAUUUGUCAGCCAUACCUUAUGAGCUCAUUGAACGACACUUUGGUGAUCAAGCACAGUGGAUCAGUCAGUUGGCCAAGGGACUAGAUGAUGAACCCGUGGAUCGAAGGCCUGUCCAAAGAGCUGUCCAAGAGACUUGUAGCCGACCAAGUCAAGGUAAGAAUUUUUUUGGAGCCUACUUAAUCUCGAAUGCACCUAAUGUACAACUUAGAACAAAAGAACAGCAGAAAAUGUGA